AAACAAACAAGCAUUGCAAAUACCGAAUUCAAUCGAAUUCAAUUGGCAUUCAAUUCAAUAAUGACAGAGGCAGUAGUUGGGUUGUUUAAAGCGUUUUUGCAUUUAGUAGCCAUGUCUGAAUCUAAUGUCCUUCCCUUUCAUCUCUCUCCAUUUUCAUUUAAUCAUUUCAAUGGGAAACAGCUUGUCCUCCACUUUCGAAUCCAGGUCUUUGGUUUGACUUUGAAUGCAAAUUUGCACUGUAUCGCAAGGAAAACAAAGUUUAAAAAGUGCAAAAAGGAAACCCCAGAAAGAAAGUCUAGUCAUCGAGACUUUGGAUUCUUGGUGAAGAAGAUAAGUUUGAUGGGGUUCUUUCUUUUGAGAGAAUUGGAGAAUGCACGGUGGUGUUGAUGUUUUGUGGGCUCACUCGAUGACUUUUCUUGGGUUAAAGUUCUUCAGGUGGAAUGAGCCAGCAUGAGAGCAAAAGACUGGAUUGACGGACGAAUAGUUUUGCUCAAGAGUAAAUUCAGGAAAAUGAUAAAUUGUAUUCGUUCAGGGGAUCAGUUAAGAGUGGACGAAAUGGCCCAUUCAUCAGAUUCUUUGGCAACUCGAGAUUAUUCAGCGAGUGGUUUUUCAUCCCGAACUGGUGGCGAGGUGGAACAAAAGGUUGAUAAUGGGAACAUUGAAGAAGCUGAAUCAUCUCUUCGUGAGAGUGGCUAUUUGAAUUAUGAGGAAGCACGUGCUUUACUUGGAAGGCUGGAGUAUCAAAAGGGUAACAUAGAAGCUGCUCUUCAUGUAUUUGAAGGAAUAGAUAUUGCUGCUGUAAUUUCCAGGAUAAAAGCUUCUUUUUCAACCAGAUAUGAACAAAAUAGGCGCCAAUCACAAAGCGAUGUUGUGCCUACUAUGUCUAUGCAUGCCAUUAGUUUACUUCUUGAAGCUAUUUUUCUGAAAGCAAAAUCAUUGCAAGGUUUAGGAAGAUUUGUCGAGGCCGCAAAAUCGUGCAAACUAAUUUUAGACACUGUCGAAUCUUCAUUCCCAGAAGGCUUACCUGAAAACUUCGCUAAUGAUUGUAAAUUGCAAGAGACACUAACAAAGGCUGUUGAUUUACUUCCAGAAUUGUGGAAAUCUGCUGGUUCUCCACAAGAAUCUAUCUUGUCGUAUAGGCGUGCGCUUCUCUAUCAAUGGAAUCUAGAAAUGGAAGCCAGAGCAAGAAUAGAAAAAGAGUUUGCAAUAUUCCUUCUCUAUAGUGGUUGUGAUGCAAGUCCUCCAAAUCUUCGUUCACAGAUGGAUAGCUCGUUCGUGCCAAGAAAUAAUAUGGAAGAGGCCAUUCUUUUGUUAAUGGAUCUGAUGAGAAAAUAUACACUUGGAUUGAUUGUAUGGGAUCCGUCAGUAAUAGAGCAUCUCUCCUUUGCACUUUCUAUAUCAGGGGAAUUUGGAGCUCUAGCCAAUGAGGUUGAACAAUUGCCUCCUGGAAUUAUAGGAAGAAAAGAAAAGUACUGUAUCCUAGCACUUUGUUACUACGGGGAAGGUAAAAGCUUAGUUGCAUUGAAUCUUUUGAAGAACUUCUUAAGUAACAUAGAGAAUGUGGACUGCUUGUUGGAAUUGUUGCUGGCUUCUAAGCUCUGUGGAGAAAAUUUGGUUUGUCUUGAUGAGGGAGUCGCCUACACAAUGAGAGUGCUUUCACAGCUGCAUGGUAAAUGCAUCCAAUUGGCUUCUGUUGCUAAUUGCUUACUUGGUGUGUUAUUGUCAGCUACGUCCAAGUUAGUUGCUUCAGAUUCUCAGAAAGCUUUGAAGCAAUCUGAAGCACUCAAGGCACUACAAACUGCUGAGCAACUGAUGAGACAAAGAGAUCCAUUCAUUAUUUAUCAUCUUGGUCUUGAAUAUGCCGAACAGAGGAAGCUGGAUUUUGCUCUAUAUUAUGCAAAACAGCUAGUGAAACUCGAGGCAGGCUCUAGCCUGAAGUCUUAUGUAUUGUUGGCGAGAAUCUUGUCUGCCCAGAAAAGGUUUGUGGAUGCGGAGACUGUUCUCAAUGCUGCUCUUGAGCAGACAGGGAAGUGGGAACAGGGCGAGCUUUUACGAACUAAAGCUAAGCUCCAGAUUGCUCAAGGCCAGUUAAAGAAUGGUAUAGAAACGUAUAGUCAUCUUCUUGCUAUAAUUCAAGUCCAGAACAAAAGUAGUGGAAAGAUGCUUCCAAAGGAUGUGAGCAAAUAUGAUAGAAGUUUAGAAGUAGAUACAUGGCAUGACUUAGCCGAUAUUUACACAGGCUUGUCUCAGUGGCGGGAUGCUGAGAUCUGUCUGUCAAAAUUGCAAGCAAUCGAUCCAUAUUCUGCUUCCAAAUGGCAUUCCACAGGUUUGCUCUACGAGUCUAAGGGUCUUCCACGAGAUGCUUUGCAAGCAUACAACAAAGCAUUGGACAUUGAUCCUGGCCAUGUUCCCAGCUUGAUAUCCACUGCCCGUCUUCUCCAACAGCUAGGCGGUAGUCAGUCGUUUCCUGUAGUAAGAAGCUUGCUAACCGAUGCCCUUCGACUAGAUCGAGCAAAUCCAUCUGCUUGGUACAGUCUUGGGAUGCUAUAUAAAGCUGACGCUGGGGCAUCGGCGUUGGAGGCUGCUGAAUGCUUUGAAGCUGCAACUCUCCUUGAAGAGUCGGCUCCAAUUGAACCUUUCAGACGAUGAACAUUUGCUUUCUUUACAAGAUAUAGAAAAUUGGGAAUUUGCUAUCCUAACUCUAAGGUUUUACUCAACAUCUUGGUUGCUACAUUUUUUCCAGGAUUAGGGACAUUGAUUAGAUGGUUUUCACAAAAUAGGUUGUAAAUAUAAGAGCAAAAAUAUGUUAACAAAUUUUUGUAGCCAACCUUCUUUUGUGUUUUUCUCCCCUUCCUUUUAUAGAAAUACAAACAUUAAAAUUUA